AAAAAUACUCUGCCGGCCGCCUCGCCGCUAGUUCCAUCCAGCGGUGAAUGCAGAGCAGACGAUGAAGCUGCAAUGGCUGGUGGUUAGGGCACUAAGUCGAACCUUAACCAAACCCUCUACCGUUUCAACCUCCCGUUUCUUCUCCUCUUCUCCGGCACCAUCGCCGGAUUUCGCCAUAAAAAAUGUCACCAGACAGAACCUCGACCCAGUACUCGCCGACCUACGUUUCCUCAUCAAAGACGCCGAUUUCGUUUCCAUCGAUCUUGAGAUGACCGGAAUCACCACUGCUCCAUGGAGAGACUCAUUUGAGUUCGACCGUUCCGACAUCCGUUACUUAAAAAUCAAGGACUCCGCCGAAAAGUUCGCCGUCCUACAGUUCGGUGUCUGCCCCUUUCGUUGGGACUCUUCCAAUGGCUCCUUCAUCGCUCACCCGCACAAUUUUUAUAUAUUUCCUCGCCAAGAAUUCCCUGCUGAUUCCCACUUCCAUGAUGAGUUCUUAUGUCAGGCGACCUCGAUUGAUUUCUUGGCGAAACACCACUUUGAUUUCAAUCUCUGUAUCCGGGAAGGAAUAUCUUAUUUAUCUAGAGCUCAAGAGGAAGAAGCUUUGAGGCGUUUACAUGAAGAACUUGCUGACCCGAGAAGUGGCUGCAGUGAAUUUGGUGAGAAACCGGUAACUAGAGUUGUUGAUAUACUCUUCAGCGAGAAAAUGAAGUGCAGAAUUCAAGAGUGGCAGAAAGGAUUCAGUUUUGAAGAGAGAUCAAAUGAUUUGGAUAAACGAUUUCAAACAGUUUUCUUCAAGACGCGACCUGCACUUCAGUUGAAUGGGUUCACUAGGAAUCAGCUAAGAUUGAUUCAGUUGGUAAUAGAGAAACACUUCAAGGAGCUUGUGUACAUUCAUACUAAGGGUGAAAGUGCCUCCGCAAAUCAUUAUAUCGUUUAUGCAGACACAGACAUUGAUAAGAAUCUGCUGAUGAAAGAAGUCAAGGAGGAUGUUCACAAGGAGGCAAUACUGAAGAUCAAAAGUGCAGUUGGAUUUCGACGAGUUAUCGACAUUCUCUGCUCUGAGCAGAAGUUGAUUGUUGGACACAACUGCUUUCUUGAUAUUGCGCAUAUCCACAGCAAAUUUUUUGGUCCUCUUCCUUCAACAGCUCUAGAAUAUGUUUCCUCCAUACACAAUUAUUUUCCUUACAUCAUUGACACAAAAAUACUCUUGAAUGCAAAUUACGCACUUCAAAUGAAAAUGAAGAAGGGCAGUACUUCUCUGUCGAAAGCAUUUGCUUUGUUGUGCACACAGAUUUCUCCGAAGAUUGAAGAAUUAGGUUUGGUUUUCAAUCCACAUGUAAAAGUGGAUGUCCAAGUGGAUGACAUGAGGUCGUCAAGUUGGAAUUCUGGUGCCAAGCAUGAAGCUGGCUAUGAUGCUUUUAUGACGGGUUGUGUCUUUGCUCAAGCAUGCAAUUAUCUAGGCUUCGAUUUCAAUCUUCAUCCUCCAUCUGGGAACUUGGCUUUGGAUGAGAAAUUGCAGAAGCACGUCAAUCUUCUUUAUCUGAGCUGGAUAAACUGCGAUAUCAUCAAUCUGACAACCGGUCAGCAAAUGGCCGAGUCUUCACUUUCUCCAAGCCGCAAAUUCCCUAGUUCCAAGAUAGUAUUUCAAAAUAUUAUUAUAAUUUGGGGAUUGUCAUCAACCAAGUUGAAAGCAAGAGAUAUACGAGAAUGCAUAGCGAAAACAUUUGGUUCAACAUCCAUCACAUCUGUCUAUCACUUGGAUGAAACUGCAGUGUUUGUUCAAUUCAGUAAGACCGAAUUCGUCUCUAAAUUUCUAGAACUUAAGGAGAGGUUGACUAGGAGUAACAGCCCAAUCUCAGUUUUGCAUCAUAUGACGAAACUCUUUGAAAGUGGGAAAGUUCAUGCUGCUAACUAUGAGAUCUACAAAGAGAUAUGUGAUUCGCCAUUAUCAAAAGUUAUGUUUGCAGAUCAAGCUAAUGCGGUUUGCACAACACCAUCUUCAACCCCAAACACGAGCAUUAUUAUGGAUUUCAUGGCCGAAGAUGUUGUAGACUCACCUUACGCCGUUGAAGCUCGUUGCAGCAAGUAGAUCGGCUCUAAAUUAAGUUAUGAUUCUUAAAAGAUGUAAUUCUGAGAGGUGGUGGUGUUAGAAACUGUAAACUAGUAAUUUUGAAACCGCAUUUGAUAUGAAAUCAUAAUAUAAGAUUAAUUAGUUA